GACGUCACCACGUCAAUCCGGGAUGGAGUCACGGGAAGAAGCGGUCUGAGGUUCCCAGGUCUCCGUGGUGUCUCGGUUGUGUGGCUCUGAGAGACUCCGACCGACACUCAGUGCAGUGAAGGUCUCGCCUCACCCCCCCACCGCCCCAUGGGCUGCCCGCGAGCGAUGGGGGGCGCGGGCCGGCUGCCCCCGCGCGUCCUCGAGCUCAUCCUGUCGUUCGUGGAGCUGGCCGACCUGGGCCGCUGUGCGCGCGUGUGCCGCCACUGGCAGCGCUGCCUGGAGGACGAGGGCAGCGAGGUGUGGCGGGCAGCCUGCGCACGCCUGCUGCCCCACGACGCGCUGCAGGGGGACCUCCUGCGGGCAGUGCCCACCUACAAAGCCAAGGUGCGCUCGCUGUGCCACGCGUGGAACCCCGACGACUGCUCCCGCAACGUCUUCAUCAAGCGCAGCGGCUUCACGCUGCACCGCAACCCGGUGGCUCAGAGCACGGACGGCGCGCGGGCCCGCCUCGGCUUCACGGAGGGCCGCCACGCCUGGGAGGUGUGGUGGGAGGGGCCCCUGGGCACGGUGGCCGUGGUGGGCGUGGCGACGCGCCGCGCCCCCAUGCAGUGCCAGGGCUACGUGGCCCUGCUGGGAUCCGACGUGGAGAGCUGGGGCUGGAACCUGGUGGACAACAGCCUCCUGCACGGCGGGGAGGUCACCGGGAGCUUCCCGCAGUGCAACAACGCGCCCAAGUACCAGAUUGGCGAGCGCAUGCGCGUGCUGCUGGACAUGGAGGAGCGCACGCUGGCGUUUGAACGUGGCCACGAGUUCCUGGGCGUGGCGUUCCGCGCGCUGCCCAAGGCGCGUCUCUUCCCCGCCGUGUCGGCCGUCUACGGCAACACCGAAGUCUCCAUG